CUCCACGCAUACAAUCCCUUCUUUAGACAAAGUUCCGUUUAAACCCUAGCACCAAGGGUUUAUGCUCUCGCGCCAGACCCUGAAAACCUUCCUCCCAUUCCAUUUCUCAAUUCGCACAUGAGCCCAAUUUCGAUCCAUUAAACAAAAAUCACACACUCACUCAGACAUCUUACCUAUGGCGGCAUCUAGAUUAUCCUCCGUGGCAGUUGCUGCGGCUGCGGUAGUUGGCUCCAUGUCCUCAAUCCAUGACCGAGCGUAUGCCGACGGGUCAUUUCGCUUCAAUCCUUUCCCUUCCUCUUCGUCUUCUUCUUCAACAUCAUCUGAAGUGGACAACACAUCCAACGAGAAAUCCGAAGCUGAGGAGCCAAGAGGGGUGGGAUUUGAUCCUGAGGCAUUAGAGAGAGGUGCGAAAGCUCUUCGCGAAAUUAACAGCUCCCCUUAUUCCAAACAGGUUUUUGAUGUCAUGAGGAAGCAGGAGCAAACCAGACUAGCCGAAGUGGCAGCUGAGAAAGCUCAUCACGAAGCAAUACAAGCUCAACUAGAUAUCGACAAGCAGCGAAAAAUGGCUGAAGAACAACGAAAUCUAGUGCAACAACAAGCACAGGCAAAGGCUCAAAUGUUGCGAUAUGAGGAUGAGUUGGCUAGAAAGAGGAUGCAGACAGAUCAUGAAGCUCAGAGGCGGCAUAAUACUGAAUUAGUUAAGAUGCAAGAGGAGUCUUCUAUACGAAAAGAGCGAGCAAGACGGGCUACUGAGGAGCAGAUCCAAGCUCAACAACGUCAAACUGAGAAAGAGAAAGCUGAAAUAGAGCGGGAAACAAUAAGAGUCAAGGCCAUGGCUGAGGCUGAAGGCAGAGCCCAUGAGGCAAAGUUGACUGAGGAUCAUAAUAGGAGAAUGCUAGUUGAACGAAUAAAUGGUGAAAGAGAAAAAUGGCUUGCAGCUAUUAAUACAACUUUUAGUCACAUUGAAGGUGGAUUUAGGACUUUGCUGAAUGAUAGAAGUAAGUUAAUAAUGACUGUUGGAGGAGCUACUGCAUUAGCUGCUGGAAUUUACACAACCAGAGAAGGUGCCAGAGUUACCUGGGGUUAUAUCAAUCGAAUACUGGGGCAACCAUCACUGAUCCGAGAAUCAUCCAUUGCUAGAUUUCCAUUAUUAUCUCAAGUAAAGAACAGGGUUUCUAAAUACAGUACAGCAGCCGAAGCAGCAUCACCUUUGGCAAGUAAGGAUGGUUUCCAACAUAUUAUUCUUCAUCCUAGCUUGCAAAGAAGGAUAGAGCAGCUUGCUAGAGCUACAGCCAAUACUAAAACGCAUCAGGCUCCAUUUCGCAACAUGAUGUUUUAUGGGCCUCCAGGCACUGGUAAAACUAUGGUUGCAAGAGAGAUAGCCCGAAAAUCGGGUUUAGAUUAUGCUAUGAUGACCGGAGGAGACGUUGUGCCGCUAGGUGCACAGGCUGUAACAAAAAUACAUCAAAUUUUUGAUUGGGCUAAGAAGUCACGGAAAGGCCUGCUGCUUUUUAUCGAUGAGGCUGAUGCCUUCCUCAGUGAACGUAAUAGUACACAUAUGAGUGAAGCUCAACGAAGUGCUUUAAAUGCAUUGCUAUUUCGAACUGGGGAUCAAUCAAGGGACAUAGUUCUUGUCCUUGCCACAAACAGGCCAGGUGACCUGGACAGUGCUGUCACUGACCGUAUUGAUGAAGUGAUUGAAUUCCCGCUUCCUGGAGAGGAGGAACGUUUUAAAUUGCUGAAUCUUUACUUGAGCAAGUACCUGUCUCAUGAAGCUGAAAAUGGUUCAAGUUGGAGCUCUAUGUUCAAGAAGCAGCCUCAAAAGAUAACCAUAAAAGAUGUUUCUGAAGAUGUGAUUCGAGAGGCUGCUAAGAAGACAGAAGGUUUCUCGGGUCGUGAGAUAGCUAAACUAAUGGCCAGUGUCCAAGCAGCAGUCUAUGGGCGUCCUGACUGUGUAUUGGAUUCCCAGCUAUUCAGGGAAGUUGUAGAUUACAAGGUUGCAGAGCAUCACCAGCGACUAAAACUGGCAGCUGAAGGAAGCCAACCAGCUUAAUUGGGUAAUAUGCUUAACGAUUUACAUUCUAGUUCUAUCCCAAGUUGAUGCUGGAAUUUUUGUUCUUCCAUAUUUUUGAAUGUUGGACUUGUACAUCAUAUUGAUAACUUUUAUCGGCUCAUUUUCUUUCAUUUUGAAAACGGUAUUAGCUGAGAAAGGAGGAUGAUAAUCGAUAAAGAAAAGUAGAAAACAAUGGCUGUGCAUGAACAAUGUGUUGUGCAAUUAAGUGCUAUAGCGAUGGCAGCAGAUUUAAUUUCUAGUUUUGCGUUUGAUUCACUAAUAUAGUGUUGCAGACAACAACAGCUAAGCAUUAAUCCCAAGCUAGUUGGGGUUGGAUAUAUGAAUUCUUUGUUUUCACUAUGCUCUGUUCAUAGUCACAUCCUUGCUAAUUAUUGUUUCA